AUGAAAUUGUCAUAUUUACUACUGGCAGGCAUUGUUGCUGGUGAAGGAAACUCAACCAAUAAUCAGACAAAUUGGACCACAGAAAACCAUUUCUGUGCCAUGGACAAAGAUUUGAUGAUCAGUCCCAGUUGUAAUGUAACAUUUACCGAGUUAAAUGUCAUCAACAAGAGUAUAAGAAAAAAUCUGGUAUCAUUAGUACGAACCGAUUUCUUCAAGUAUUUCAAGAUAGAUCCUGAUAAGCAAUGCACAUUCUGGGACAACAACGAUGGUUUAUGUUUCAGCCGGGACUGUAUGGUCGAUGUGGUGACAGAUUGGGACAGUUUGCCUGAAAUAUGGCAGCCAGAAGUUCUUGGUGGUCUAGAUGAGGCUCAAGACGCAUCGGGGUCUGAUGAGAAAGAAUGGACAUUUUUGGAUGAUCUAUGUGCAGAAAGUCAACAACAAUCAAAACCCAAGCCUUUGCUAGAUGUGGAUGAUAAUAAUUACUGUGAUAUAAAUGACUUUAGUGGAGAGAAUGCUGUAUUAGUUGAUCUAACUAAAAACCCAGAAAGAUUUACCGGCUAUGGUGGUCAACAGUCCUCUCAAAUUUGGACCAGUAUAUAUGGGGAGAACUGCUCCCCAUUGGGUAAGGACUUGGUGAAAUCUGGCAAAGCUUCUCAAGAUGAAGUUAGUAUGGCUAGAGAUGUAUUCUUUAGGUUUGUCUCUGGUCUACAUGCAUCGAUUGGUACACAUCUAUCAAAUGACCAUUUGAAUACAGAAAAUGGUAAAUGGGAACCUAAUCUAGACUUAUUUAUGCUAAGAGUAGGUAACUUUCCAGAUCGUGUGACCAACAUCUACUUCAAUUAUGCAGUUAUAGCUAAGUCAUUGUGGAAGAUCAAACCAUAUCUGUCCAGAAUAGAAUUCUGUAACGACUAUGACGAUCCUGUCAAGUCUAAAAUAUUGAGCAUUGUCUCCAAAUUGGAUAGCUCAAUAUUCAAUGAAGAUUUGUUGUUCCAAAAUGAUCUAAGUUCAUCACUAAAGAAUGAAUUUAGAGCUCGCUUCAAAAAUGUUACUAAAAUCAUGGAUUGUGUCCAUUGUGAUAGAUGUAAGUUAUGGGGUAAAGUCCAAACUACAGGUAUGGCCACUAGUUUGAAGAUUUUGUUUGACCUUGAUGAAGCUGAUGAGUCAUCUAAGCAAAAGUUCGUCGAUAAGUUAACGAAAUAUGAAUUAAUUGCUCUGUUCAAUACUUUUGAUAAAUUAUCUGAAUCUGUUGAAUAUAUCAACAAUUUCGAAAAGUUAUACAAGAGAAGGGAAGGUGGUGAUUCUUAUACCAACUUUUUCCAAAACAAUUUCUUCAAAAUAUUGGAGAAAAUGAAGAAAGGUUGGAGUACUAUCAAUGAUAGUGUGUCCAAUAACAAAGAAUAUAAUAACAGUGCUCAAAAUAGCGAAAGUAUAUCAGAUCCUUCAGAGGAAUCUAUGACUUCACUAGUGAAGGACGCUGUAGAAGAGGUUAAAAAUACAACCAAAUCAUCUUUAUCCGAUAAUGAUGAAUUUCUUACAGCUAAGCUUUCCGAAAACAAUGAGAAUAUCGAGGAAAACAAACUAGAAGAUAAGUUAAAUGAGCAAGAGGCAUUUGCUGACCUUAAAAUGCCCAUUAGAAAGAAAAAAUUAACUAAAAAGAAAAGUAAUGGCACCUUAGAUAUCUGGAUCAAUGCCUGGCAUACGGAAACUCACAAUGUUAUGGAAGCCAUCAAGUUCAUAUUGAGAAGUUAUAUAGAUCUUCCAAGGAACCUGUGGAGAUUGACGAUAGUAACGGUGAACAAAUUGUGGAACAACUUUGUUGGUGUAGCUAACUAUGUCAGUGAGGAACCUGGUGAAGAAAUCAUUUAUGAUUUGGACUUCCAAUGA